AUGGCCGCACUCAGCUCCCAGCCGUCUCCCUUCGGGCACCUGACGCGGGAGCGGCACAUCCAAGCGCUGGCGAGGUCCUUGAGGAAGAAGGACGGGGCUCCAGCCCUCCAGGCCGGGGGGACGUCCCCCAGCUGGGAGGGCACAAGCCGAGCUAACCAGGCUCAAGAACCGGACUUUGGGAGCAGCCAGGGGAGCCCGGAUGCUCCUUCGAGUGCCGAGGACCCUGGCCACCAACUCGAGGGCCGGAGAUGGCCGGGAAGCGAGUGGGGUGGGACUGCCGGGGAGGAAGCCACCGAGUCGCCUCUGCCGCGGCUGGGCUGGCGGGGCAGGAGAGCCCGCAAACGGAGCCCGGAGCAGAGCUUGCAGCGGGUUCAGGAGGACGAUGACGUUCCACCGCUCGGGCUGCAGGUGCUGGCCGGCGUCUCCCAGCUGCGCAUCACCGCCCGAGCUGGGCUACGCGGGUUCGCCGGAGACCCAGGGAGAACGUACGUGGUGGGCACCGCGCAGGCAAAGGGGCUGCUGGUAGCUAUCGAAGAAACCAGCCGCUUGUGCCUGCACCUGUGUGGCCCUGCCCGCUCCUGCCGCAUCCGCCUCCGGGACCUGCAGGGCCAGGACGUCCUGUGGCUCCGACGGCCCUUCGGGGCUGGCGCCAGCUGCCUGGGCUGCUGCCGGACAGAGAUGAGGGUGUUCACCGCCGGUGACCAGCUCGUGGGCAGCGUGCGGCAGAGGUGGGGCAUCCUUGCCCAUCUCUGGGACCUGCGUGACCCCCACGGCGCAGCCACCAUGAGGAUCCGAGGCUCCUGCGCGGCCAGCCGCUGCUCCUCCAACCAGGAGUUCCAGGUCACCUCCCGCGCCGGCAGCCCCGUGGCAGUGAUCUGGAAGAGGUGGCCAGGUUUCAAUGAAGACCAGAACAUGGACCAUGAGUUCUUUGGGGUGGACAUUUCAGCAAAGCUGGGGGCCGAGGACACCGCUCUCCUGCUGGCAGCAGCCUUCCUCCUGAACUUCAUGUUCUUUGAGAUGAGCUGAGGAGGCCUAGAAGAGACCUGCUGGGAGCCCUGCUAUGCCAGAGACACUGGGACUAGUCCAGCAGCUCCCCCCUGGAGUCACGGAAAUCCCAACAGCGAGGCACAGGCUGCCACUGUCUCGCAAACGCUGGAUCUCCUUUGGUGGCUGGGAUGGCGCUCAGCGCCUGGCUUCGCACACGCUGCUUUCACGAGGCAACUGGAGAACCUGGAGUCUGACGUACUUUCUGUUUAUCUUAGGUGCGUGCGUGGCCCCGCCACCAGUGUGUCUGAGCCCCUCCCAAUCCUCAAUGCAACACCCCUCAGAGGCAGGGCAGGUAUCCCCAUUGUACAGUCGGGGAGCUAAGGGAGAUGC